AUGCACGAUAACGUGGCUUCCAUCCGUUCUGAUGAAGAAGUCCCCUUCGCUUUUUAUCGCUAUGACCCCAGCAUGGGCGGUGCCAUCCUUUUUACAAUUCUUUUCAUGGGCACAACCUUCUACCACAUCUUCCAGAUGUUCAAAGCCAGGACCUGGUUUUUUAUUCCCUUCGUGAUAGGUGGGCUCUUUGAGAUUGUCGGGUAUAUAGGGCGUGCCUUGUCAAGCAAACAAAGUCCGGAUUGGACGCUAGGUCCCUACAUAAUUCAGACACUCUGUCUGCUUCUCGCCCCAGCUCUCUUAGCUGCCUCAGUCUACAUGUUGCUCGGUCGGAUUAUUUUGGUGCUACAGGCCGAAUCACAUUCCAUUUUGAAAAAGAAGUGGCUGACCAAGAUUUUCGUUACCGGCGACGUGAUGUCGUUUCUUCUACAAGGCGCUGGUGGCGGCAUUCAGAGUAGCGGGUCACUCGAUUCCAUGAAGACUGGCGAGCACAUUAUCAUCGUGGGUCUAUUUGUCCAAAUAAUAUUCUUUGGCUUCUUCAUUGUUGUCGCCGGCCUAUUCGACUGGAAGCUGCGCAAAUACCCUAUCCCACGCUGCUUCGAUCGGGAGAUUCCCUGGCGAAAACAUCUCAACAUUCUCUAUGCGACCAGUUUGUUGAUCUUGGUGCGCUCGCUUUUUCGACUCGUGGAAUAUAUCCAGGGCAAUGCGGGCUAUCUUUUGCGCCAUGAGGUCUACUUGUAUAUUUUUGACUCACUUCUCAUCAUCAUGGCCAUGAUUAUCUUUAAUAUUGUCCAUCCAUCUGAAGUUACUCGAUUUUUGACUGUGGUGUCGGAUUAUGAGUUGACUGGCACCCGGAAUGAGCAGACUGUGAAACCCGAUGGAGUCUAUCGUGGUGUGUGA